GUCUUCCUUCAUUUUAUUCAUUUUAUUCAUUUUAUUAUAUUAAAUACUUUAUUUUAUUAAUAAUAAAUAAUGACAAUAUUGACAUUCCUUGGUUGUGCUUUAACGGCAUUUGGUCCUUCGCUCGCUUUAUUCUUUUUAACAGUUGCAAAAGAUGCACAACUUGUUAUUUUAAUGAUAUCUAGUGCAUUCUUUUGGUUAAUAUCGAUAUUAUUAGCUUCUUCGAUUUGGUUUAUUUCUAAAUCAGAUGCAACAGAAAAUCCGAUUACAAUAUUAUAUAGCGUUUUAUUACAAGAAUUAUUUCGUUGGUUUUUUUAUAAAAUAAUAAGUCGAGCUGAAAAUGGGCUUAUACUCGCAUCUGCUAAUCCAACAUCACCGUAUAAUAUACCUACUUUUGCUUUCGUAAGUGGAUUGGGAUUUGGAUUUGUGAACGGAUUGGUUAUGUAUAUUAAUCCUUUAAUUAUUUCGAUUGGACCUGGAGUAAUAAUGUGCAAGUCAUGUCCUACUUUAACAUUAUUUUUUACCGGAGCAAUCACAACAUGUUUAUCCAUAUUAUUACAUACAACGUGGAUGAUUCUUGCUUUUGAAGGAUAUAGAUACCCAAAAAGAAAUUAUUAUUAUAUUAUUUGGGUAUUAUUAAGUCAUUUAGGAUCUUCUUACGCUACAAUGUUUAGUCAAUCAGAUAUAAAAUCCGGUUGUGUAAUUGGGUUUUCAAUUAAUAUAGUAUUAUUGAUUAUUUCCAUCGUAGCUUCAGUGAGGACAUUGAAAAAAAAAAAUCUAUAAAUAAUUUAUUUUAUAAUUCGAUCAUAAUUGCAACAUAGAAUAAUUAAAUAGAAAAUAAUCAUAAUAAAUUAUUUAGUUUAAUUAUUAGAAUUAUCAAAGAAAAAAAAAAUUCAAUAUUUAAUAUAUUAUGAUGAAAACAUUAAAUUAU